CUUGCCAGACCUAUUGGAGAAACCCCCCCAAGGCAAGAUCUGUCACUGUUCACUCAUUUGCUGGAAGACGAUCAGAAACUAUGUUAAAUGCACCAAGAAUUACACUGGAGUCUGUUAUAAAGGCGUCGAAGGGAUUCCGGUCAGAUCUCACAGUGGAGGGAGCAGGUUUCAACAGUUGACGCGGAGAGAACUGAGCGCAGGGAAAAAGCGAUUAAUUUUGAUUAUCUGAAAUCUUCCAGCACCCCUUUUUCGCGUUUUUUCUGGCAACGUUCGCGGGGGCAGUGCAGAUGAGCAUUGUCCGAAUGAAGGAUGCAAGAGCACUGGGUCCAAUUGGACUGGAUUAUGGGAUUACUGGACUGAUUAUAGGACAAUCAUCGGGCAAAAGUCGCAGCCGUGCCAUAGAUGCUCUUGAAUGACGGGAACACAAAAGGUUGGACAGGAGUAACAGCACUGUAUCCUGCUUUUAUUCUACUUUGUGGCGGGGGCAGGCUCUAUAUGCUUCGCGAGCAGAGCCCAUAUGCAACAGUGUGCCGCACAGGAAAAAAAGUAAAUGCAUUGUGAAUGGUAACAUCGGGCAAUGCUGCAUUUUGAACGGGCAUGUCAGUAUUUGCUGUAGCCUAGGUGUAGAUGUCGCAUGAGGGCAAUGCGCUUUUGUGAGCCACGGUCUAACCUUCACCACAGAGAUUCAAACGCUUUAACCUUGGAUGCAGUAGGGAAUAUUAAUACUUUAUAGUCAUCGAUUAUUCAUUAAGUCCCCCCAUGAGGAAAAAACAAAGCAUUUCUCGUACACUAUGUUGAAUUUGAUCUUUAAUUCAUGCAUUAUGUGUCGUCGGGCGGUCAUCUUUGUUUACAGAAAGAGUUCAUCAUAGCUAAACGGCAUGUGAAAGAGGUUAAAAUAGCGAUUGUAAGGAGAUAACGAUUCACAAAUCGAUUUAACACCCAAUUAGUGUGAGAUCGGCGUCAACCACAUGCCUGGUUUGGGUUUAGUCCUCUAGGUUUGCCGUAAUCAACAGGUUGAAAGUCAACGAGGAUUUUUUUUUCUGUCUGCCACUACCGCAUAUCGAGUUGAAGGGAUGCGUCUCUCUGUACCCAUUUUCCUUCUGCUGUGGGUUAAAGCCCUGACAUUGAAAAAUCUCAAUUAUUCUGUUCCGGAGGAGCAAGGACCUGGCACUGUUAUAGGUAAUAUAGCAAAAGAUGCUGGAUAUGGGACCAUGGAGAGAGGGAAAAAAUCUAACUUCAGAGUACUGGAGAAUUCUGCACCACAUCUAGUGGACGUUGACCCGGAGAGUGGACUAAUCUUUACCAAACAAAGGAUUGACAGAGAGACGUUAUGCAGGCGCAACCCAAAGUGUCAGCUCUCUAUGGAGGUGUUUGCCAACGACAAGGAAAUAUGUAUGAUCAAGAUUGAUAUACAGGACAUAAAUGACAACUCGCCCAGUUUUCCUUCAGAUCACGUUAAUAUUGAUAUUUCAGAGAACGCAGCUGCUGGUACACGCUUCCCUCUGACUAUUGCACAUGACUCAGAUUCUGGGGAAAAUGGGAUAAAGACCUAUCAGGUCACAAGAGAUGAUUACAAUACCUUUUCUUUGGAUUUAAAAGUCAGAGGUGAUGGGACUAUAUAUCCGGAGCUGGUGGUUCAGAGACCUCUGGAUAGGGAGGAUCAGAGUCAUCACACCCUUCUCCUCACAGCAAUAGACGGUGGGGAGUAUCCAAGAUCGGGCUCCAUGCAAAUCAACGUUAGAGUGACUGAUUCCAAUGACAAUAGCCCUGUUUUUGAAAAAUCCUCCUAUGUGAUAGAGAUUCCAGAGAAUUCACCUCCUGGAAAAGUACUUAUAGAUUUGAAUGCCACUGACCAAGAUGAGGGAAACAACGGGCAGGUGGUGUAUUCCUUUACUGGAUAUGCAUCUGAGAGAAUCCAAGAUUUGUUCUCCAUUGACCCCAAUACUGGCAUCAUCAAAGUCCAGGGGGAAAUUGACUAUGAAGAGAAUCCAAUCAUAGAGUUUGACGUACAGGCUAAGGAUCUGGGGCCCAACCCAAUACCAGGCCAUUGUAAAAUUACUGUCAGAGUGCUUGACAAAAAUGACAACUCGCCAAUAAUAAGUUUUGUUUCUGUCCGGCAGGGAGCCAUCAGUGAGGCAGCACCUCCAGAAUCUGUCAUAGCGCUGGUCAGAGUGACAGAUAAAGAUUCUGGCCGAAACGGUCAACUUCAGUGCCGGGUGCUGGGAAAUGUACCCUUCAGACUGCAGGAGAACAAUGAUAAUUUUUACACACUGCUCACGGACAGACCUCUGGACAGGGAAAUGAAAGAUGAAUACAAUGUAACAAUAGUGGCGAGAGACAAUGGGAUCCCGUCUUUGAACUACACUAAGUCGUUUACUGUGAAAAUUUUGGAUGAAAAUGACAAUGCACCACGCUUUACAAAGACUAUGUAUGUGCUACAGGUGCCUGAGAACAACAUCCCAGGGGAGUAUUUGGGCUCCGUCCUGGCCCACGACCCAGAUGUAGGUCGCAAUGGAACAGUGUUGUACUCCAUUCUGCCAUCACAUAUAGGAGAUGUUUCAGUGUACACCUAUGUGUCUGUAAAUCCCACCAAUGGAGCCAUAUAUGCCUCACGGUCUUUCAAUUAUGAGCAAACAAAAUCCUUUGAGUUCAAAGUUCAGGCUAAAGAUGGCGGAUCUCCUCACAUGGAAAGCACUUCUACAGUCAGGGUCAAUGUCCUUGACGUCAACGACAAUCUUCCAGUUAUUAUUUUACCACUUCUGCAGAAUGAUACAGCUGAAAUCCCAGUGCCUAGAAAUGUGGGUAUUGGAUACAUCGUGGCUACAGUGAAAGCGGUGGACCAUGACCAUGGUGAAAGUGGUCAUUUGACCUACGAGAUCACAGAGGGAAAUGACGACAACCUGUUUGAGAUGGAUCCGGUGGGAGGAGAGGUCAGAACGGCCCAUGCUCUUUGGGAAGAGGUCGCUCCAGUAGUUGAGCUGGUGGUGAAGGUAACUGACCAUGGCAAGCCCCCCUUAUCUGCUGUGGCUAAGCUGAUCAUUAAGGCGAACACAGAGACGGCACCAGGAGGGGGUUCCAGCGCGAGCGGGGAACAGCAGCACUGGGAUGUAUCCCUGCCCCUCAUAGUUACCCUCUGCAUUAUCUCUGUCAUGCUCUUAGCAGUCAUGACCGCCAUUGCUGUCAAGUCCAAGCAUCAAGAUAAGGAGACUGGGAAUUAUAACUGCCGCAUGACUGAGUACUCCAAUCCUCCAGUGGGGAAGGGCAAAAAGAAAAGGAUCAACAAGAGUGACAUCAUGCUGGUGCAGAGUGAGAUGGAGGAGAGAGAUUCUGCGAGCCGGAUGAACGUGGUGAGCAGCCCCUCUCUCAUCACUUCACCAAUAUGUUUUGACUACCAGAGCCCUCUGCCACUCACGCUGCCCAGGUCAGAAGUCAUGUACCUGAAAACCACCCCAAACAGCCUGACAGUCCCCAGGGCAGGUUGCCAUUCCAGCUUUGCCGGGCUUAGCACAGACACUCCAGCGAAUAGGAUGUCAGUGAUACAGACGGAAAAUUUCCCCUCAGAGUCCAAUUAUGCUGGCAGCAGGCAACCAUUUGUUCAAAGCUCAACAUUUAAGGAUGCAGAACGAGCAAGCCUCCGAGACAGUGGCCAUGGUGAUAGUGACCAAGCUGAUAGUGACCAGGAUACUAAUAAAGGCUCACACUGCGACACGUCUGCCAGGGAGGCCCUCAAGAUGAAAGCACCAGCAGUUAAUGGCCAGCCUUUUGAGCAGGAGCAAGACAAAUCAGUCCACUGCACCGAUGAAUGUCGUGCACUGGGACAUUCUGACAGAUGCUGGAUGCCAAAGUUACGGGUAGGAAGCCAAGCAGACAGCGCCGAUAAUCGCACCAACCUUUUCAUCCCUGUGGGAAUGGAUGCCAUGGUAGAGACAGAGAUUUAUGGCACCAUCAACUGCAGCAGCAGAAAAACCCUCAGCACGUUUGGAAAGGAACAGCGGGACAGCACAAUCCUUGUGGCCAAUGUCAAACCUUACUUAAAAUCGCAGCGUGCACUAAGCCCACCGCUACAGGAGAGUCCAUCUGCGUCUAGUAGUCCCACCAAGAGUAGUAUGCCCCUGGACUUGGCCAACCAAGAGUCCAAAGAAGAGAGGGAGGGGGGUUCAGACAGCAGUGCCUAUGGCCCUCCAGAUGGCCAGUGCUCCCCACUGCACACCGAAUUGGAGGAGCCCUCCUACCUGAGCUGUGAGCUCAGGCCUAAGUCCCUGUCAAGCAGUCUCAUUCACAGCUCUGUCAUCAGCCAGGAGUAUGGAGGGUCAGACUAUGCUCUCGACCCGCGGGAUUCUGGUAACUGACAGGUCAGAUGAUCUUGCUCGCUCUCAUCUGCCAGGGGUGUGAUGAUGAUAUCACAGAUUAAUGACCAAGAGGUGAAUUUUUUUUUUUUUCUUUUUGACCCACAGAGGUGUCCAGACACGCAUUGUAUAACCAAAAACCAUCUGCUUUGUAUGUUUUUUUGAGUUUGUGACUUGUUGUGUUUCAGUGAAAUAUGUGUCCUUGACUGCUGUGAAGGUUUUUGGGGUGGGGGGGGGGGAUCAGUGCUUACCUGACUUCAAGUGUUUUCAUGGUGUACUGUACCUGUCAAUUUAGAUGUCUGUAUUUUACACAUUUCAAGCUCCAAUUUUGUGAGGCUAUUGAACAAAUUGCUACUGUUAAGCUAUUGAGUCCCGUCUGCUUUUGUACAGUGAAGCUUUCUGUCUCCAUUUAGUGUAUAAGGAACAUCUCUUUGAAUAUCACAGGCAACUGAAAUACAUAUCAGUGACGUUACAUACAAAAGUGAAGUGUCUUAUGAACUGUUAAUGGUGGUGCAACAGGGAAUGUCCCUUUUCAUAAAACCAUUUGAGGUUCCUCUAAAAACAAUUUUUUAAGAAUGUAUUUGUAAUUUUAUUGUUGUCCUCUCUGCAGUUUAUGUGAAAAUAAGCUGAGCUUACACGUGAAUGUGGGCUACUGUACUUGUUGUGUAUUUUAUUAAAUUUCUAUACACUGUGGGCAUGGAAGGCAAUUAUUUUUGACUGGUAACAACUUCUGAAGCUGUCGUGUUUUUAUGUGGAAGACGCGCAUAUACGUCUACGAGGUGCUUAACAUGUGUAAAUGACAAAAUUCGCUACUUGACUCUGCAAAGGUGCCAACUUCAGUCGUAUACUGUAUACCAGCACAUGUUAUCUAGCAGUGGUCUAGAUUCUAGUUAAAGGAACUUCAAAAGAAAAUCAUAAUCAGCAUUUACACAGCUAUUUAUUUUUCAAAACUCUAAUAAAAACAGGCACUGUGUGUUAGUGC